UCAACUCCCAAUAUUUGGGUGCGGGGACAAAUAUUUAUCCUGACAAAAAUAAGAUCCCCUAAUUCGGUUCAUUAGGUCACAAACAGUUCACAACUGCUUAUUUUGACCCAUUUCUCUUUUAAUCCCCCCAAAAAGUCCUUACCGUCACCGUGCUAAGCAAACAGCGAAGGUUUUACUGCAAUAACAGUCCUAAAUAGACUUAUUAGUUUUUAUAAAUCAUGUUUGUGUCGUGAUUGGUGUUUCGAUUACGCUAAAUAUCAAGCGAGUUUCAAAGCAAUACGCAAUUAGCAUUGACAAAAGAGUUGAUUUUAGUGAAGUUUUAUAACUGAAGUUACUUUCCUUGAAUUACCUCUAGUUUUUUUGUUCAUUUUUCAAAUAGAAAACUCAAGUUAACCUUAUUUAAUAUUGGUUUAUCAGGCUAUUUGCUUGCUGUAAUUUUUUUCUUUCACUGACUUCCAAUGGCUUCUACUGUCACUGCAAACUCUCCAUAUAAAAGCAGUUCUGGCGGAAAAGGCUCUCGCAAGAACACUCACAAAAAGGGAAGCAUGAACCAAAUCAGAGCGAUGAAAACUUCAGCUUCUGGUCCGCCUAAAGAAUUAACCAACGUCAAAAAACACUCAUCAGAAACCCCGAAAUGUCCUAAAAAGUCAAAAUUGGGCGACGAUGACGUUUUCGACGACAUUUCGGGUGACGAAGAUGAGCCAGGAACUAAUUUGAGGAAAACAACCAAUUAUCCGUCCCUAAGGAAUUCACCGAUGGAUUUUGCCCGAUUUUGGUUCAACAAGCUGAUUUCAGCCGGAUAUGAUCAAUCUAGCAGCAGUACCUUUAAAUUAUGCGAGGAGUUUGAUGAGUUGGAGAUGCAGUUCACCCGCAGCAGACCCCCCAGUCUCAGUCAUCUGCUGAAAAAACACCCCGAGUUCACCAGGGAUGAAAUGAAGACACUCUACAGGGGCUUCAAACAGUCGUGUUCAAAUGGUGUGCUGACGGAAGAAGCUCUGCAGGAAAUAUUUGGACAAAUUUUUCAGAUUGGAGACUCAGCCGAGUUCUCACAGCUCGUGUUUGCCACUCUCGACCACGACAACGACGGAGAGGUCAUCUUCGAGGAGUUCAUCCAUGUGUUGUCUGUGCUGACGAGGAGGGGGGCAGAGGAGAAGUUGGAGUGGAUUUUCAAACUGUACGACAUAGACCAGGACGGAACCAUCAACGAACAGGAACUGUUAUUGGUGCUCCGGGCGCUCUACAGUAUGUCGAGUAGUAGCAGGACCACCGAGGCUCUGGACACUGAGAACCUCAUCGCAGACCAUCUCGGACACCUCUACAGGAAAUUCAUCAUGGCCUCCGAGACUAAGCGUGAGGGCUUUGUGACCUUGAGGGGGUUCAAGGACAUCUGUCUGAGAGAUGAGUCCAUCAUGCAGCAGAUAUCCGUCCUCACUGUCGUCGUUUAGUCAUCAUCAGAAUGAAAACACGCGCUCCUUGGUAGAUAAAUAUACAGACAGAUAUACUCAGAAAUCUUUAGCUCUUCUGCCCUUUUGCCCUCGAAAUUAAAAAUCAAUUUUACAGAG